GAGGAACUAUUGACAUCACUGUACACGAGGUCUUGGAAAGAGGAGCAUUGAAAGAGCUGCACAAGGCAUCUGGAAAUGAUUACGGAGGACAAAACGUGGAUAGAAAAUUUAAGGAGUUCCUGGGAGAAAUAUUCUGUGACGGAGUUUGGGAUGAAUAUGAACUAAACUACCCCAGUGAGGUUCAGAAAAUGAUGAAUGAUUUCAACAUUUUCAAAAAAAAGGAUAAAGACUUUGAAAUCACCUGUUCAUUGAACCUGGGAAGAGUGGCUCAGAAAAAACAAGACAUUGAACUUUUCCUUGAAAAAGUUCAAGGAGUAUCCUGGAAUGAAGGUUCCAUCAGAGUCUGUAAACAGAAACUGAGGUCUUUCUUUGAAGAGAGUCUGUGGGGGAUCACUAAUAGUGUCAGGCAAUUAUUAAGUAAAGAUUUUAAGAUUGAGUACAUCCUGUUAGUCGGGGGAUUUGCUGAGAGUGAGAUUCUACGUAGACAUAUAACUGAUGAGUUUAUUGAUAACUGCAAAGUUCUGUGUCCAUUUAGGCCACAAGAGGCAAUCGUGAAAGGAGCUGUUCAGUUUGGAAGAAACCCAUCAGUUGUAGCAUCAAGAAAAAGUGCUUUCACUUAUGGAGUUGCUAUUAGUCAAAGGUUUAAUGAAUCAAUACACAGGGCAGAUAAAAAAUUCACAAACAAAGAAGGCACAUAUUGUGACGAUAUCUUUAUGAACCUAGUAAAAGCUGAUGAGGAUGUUGGAUGGAAUGAAACUAGGAAACACAUCUUAUAUCCUAUAGAAUCGGAUCAGACACAGAUUAACUUUACAUUUUAUCAAACCAAGAGACAAAAUGUAAAAUAUGUGGAUGAAAGAGGGGUGGAUAAAAUUGGCUCAUUUGCUGUGCCAUCUCCUGAUACCACACGUGGACUGAGUCGUGAGGUCAAACUGGAGAUCAAGUUUGGUUACACAGAAAUGACAGCCACAGGCACAGACCAAGAGACAGGCAUAAAACAGACAAUUGAGCUGGAUUUCAUGAGGAUAUAACAGAAUCAAAACCUAGAGUUUAUUCAACAUCACUUUCUGAUAGUGAAGUUCUGUAAACAUCUGCAACCAUCUGAAACCAUCUUAGUACAACUGAGAAGGUCUAAAAAACACAGCAGU